AUGCCGCCUUACACUCUUUUGCGCCAAUUGUGGCCAGCCGUGCUCUGUCUUGUUGACAUGGCCAGUGCCGCCGAUGGCUAUGUCCACCUCCCCUUCUCGCGCCCCCAGUUGAAGGAUCUCGACCUAGGGAAGAACGGUUCGAGGACACUAUCCGACUUCGUCGUCCCCUACCUCGUCCAAGCCCAGGUCGGCACUCCUCCCCAGAACUUCUCGCUCCUCAUAUCGCCAACCUCGACCGACACCUGGGUUGUUGACGCCACCACCGAGUAUUGCUACUAUGCGAACUUCUGGGAAAGCGAUGAUGUCCAAAAAUGUGUCUGGGGAAGUUUCAACAAGUCUCAGUCAUCCACCUACCGAACCGCGAACUCACGUUAUGCCGACUUUGACGCCUUCACCUUCUCUGGCUAUGCACAGGGUACCAACUUCACCGACAAGCUCGUCAUCGGCGACCUCACCGUCGACAACUACCCGAUGGGCCUAGUCAACCAAGCCAACUCGUGGAUGGGUGUCCUAGGACUCGGGUACAACUACUCCACCGGGUCCUCCUACUACGGCGACGGCACCCAGGGCUAUUACCCCACCAUUCUCGACCGCAUGGUCUCCUCCGGCCAGAUCUCCACCCCGGCCUACAGCAUCUGGCUCGACAAUGAGGAGGGCACCUCCGGCAGUCUUCUCUUUGGCGCCGUCGACCAGUCCCGCUACGAAGGCGACCUCCUCCGCCUCAGCGCCACCGACCCGCACGCGCUGUCCGGAAAGUUCUCCGUAUCCGUCCACUCCAUCAACGCCACCAGGCUCGGCACCGGCGGCGAUGGCUCCCAGCAGCCGCUAGUUUCCAACGACCUGCCCCUCGACGUCACCAUCGGCAUGGGCGAGCUCAUCUCUUUCCUACCCAGCAACCUGGUCAGCCAGAUCGCCUCCCUCACGGGAGCUACACAUGACACCACCGCGGGCCUUUACACCAUUCCCUGCGCUGCCGGCACCUCCGACAACGCAACGCUCUUCGCCUUCCGGCUCGGCGGCGAAGGCGGCCCACUUCUACAAGUGCCAACUUCCGAUCUGAUCAUCCACCCUGGCGUCUUCACGGGCCAGGUCUCGUCCGAGACGGACUCGUCCUCGUCAUCGUCCUCGUUCUCCGGUCUCAACCUCCCAGAAGGCGCUUGCGUCUUCGGCAUCCAAACCUGGGACGACACCAGCACGCUCAUCGGCUCGAGCAGCAGUGCCAGCAGCAGCACCACCACCUACUACAACCUAGGUAACUCCCUCCUCCGCCGUUCCUACUUUGUCUUUGACCUCGCGCGGCAGGAACUCGCCGUCGCCCCAGCAGUCUUCUACUCUGCCUCCUCCACCACCCUCGACCAAGACCAAUCCACCAUCAUCACCUUCACCGAAUACGGCGCCACAAUCCCGGGAUCCCAAUACUUUUGCUCCGACUACGAGUACUACUGCCCCCAGGGGUCAAUCAACUCGGGCUCUGGAGGAGGGUCUACGCACGGGGGCCCGUCGUCGACGGGCGAAGGUUAUUAUAAUUAUGGGAUGAGUAAUUGGAAGACUAUUUCUAUUGCAUUGGGAGUCAUUUUUGGGACUUUGAUUUUGGUCGGGUUGGUGGUUGCUGGGCUUUUGUGGAAGAGGGUGUUGAAUAAGGAUCGGAGGACGAUGGGGUUGCCGGAGGAGAAGAAGUUGAUGGCUGGGGGAGAGGAAGGUGAUGCGGCGCCGUUGGGUGGUCAGGGGAUGAUGACUCCUGCUUUUGGUGGCGCUGGUGGUGCUGGUGCUGGUGCUGGUGGUGGUAGCUCAGGCGGACCGGGGCUUUUGCCCAUGAUUCGCGAGGGAAGAGAGGACGACGCUGAUUCGUAUUUACCGGCUAGGGAGGGAGAGGCUUCAGGUCCGACUCAGGUUUCUCCGGUGGAUACGAAUCGCGAACAGAGGUUGUCGGCGCCGGAUAGUUUGAUGGAUGCUCCGAGAUCGCCGAGCCCGCUUUCGGAGGAUGGUCUGGGCGGCGCGAGAGCGGAAGCUGCUUCGCCGGUGUCGGAGAGACUUGGUACUCCCCCGAAUGAACACAAGGGGAAGGGGAAGGCGGUUGCUGAGGAUAUUGGACAGGCGAGGUAA